AUGCUUCUCAACAUAGUAACAUUCCUCGCCACGCUCAAUUCCGCGGCAGAGCUCCAAUAUACAAUUAACGAUGGCACCACUCGCGGUUCAUACAUUGGCAACUUGCCCCAGGAUGCGCAGCUCGGUUCGCCGCUGAAUGUUGCUCAGCGGGUGUUUAAAAUAAUCGAAGGAGAGGAGUAUCUGGACAUUGAUGCUUCUUCCGGCGAUCUGUAUACGAAAAAGGAAAUUGACCGCGAAUCGAUUUGUGGAAUCAAGGAAGACUGUUCCCUCGAAAUCGAAGUGCUGUCUACUCCUCAAGAAUUCUUCAACGUCUUCAACAUCAAACUCCUCAUUCUCGACCUAAACGACAAUUCCCCGAAAUUCCCAGAAUCUCAAUUUUUCCUCACUCUUCCAGAAAGCGCCGAAAUCGGCACAAUUCUUCGGCUUUCUCCAGCUUCCGACGCGGAUACCUUUCCUUAUCAAGUGAAAAAGUACUUUUUGGAAAGCGAACAAAAACCAAAGUAUUUCGAAAUUAAAGAAGAAAAAGGGUCGUCGAUCCGAAUUCCUCAGAUUCAAUUGACGAGAGAAUUGGAUGUCAACAAGCGAUCAAGACACGUGUUAAAAAUAAUUGCAGAAGAUGGUGGUGGCAGAAGAGGAGAGGCAGAAGUGAUUAUUGAGAUUGAAGACAUAAACGACCACAGCCCGAAAUUUGAGUCGACUGAAAUUGAAGUGAGCAUUUCUGAAAACGCAGAAGUUGGAACAAUCAUCACCACUCUCCAUGCUACCGACGCUGAUAAGGGCAUCAACGGGGAAAUCGUUUAUUCCUUCCAAGAAAACAUAAAUUCUCAAUCCACGAUGGACAAAUUCAGCCUCAAUAGCUCAACAGGAGAGUUGAAAAUCGCCAAGCCUCUGGAUUUCGAAUCCGCAGCCGUUUACAACCUCCAUAUCAAGGCAGACGAUAAAGGCGUCGGCUCUUCUCCUGCGUACACAACAGUAGUUGUCAAUCUUAUUGACGAGAAUGACAAUUCUCCAGAAAUACGCAUCUCCUGGCUUUCCAACGCGCCCGGGUCAAUGCCUGAAGAUGCGAAAAUCGGGGAUUUUGUUGCGCUGAUCAAUGUGCAGGACAAGGACAAUGACGAUGUUCACCUAGAAGUUCAGAAUUCAUCCGAUUUUGAGCUUGAGAGCAAUUCGAAGAACCGAUACUUGCUCAAGACAAAAAGUUUUCUGGAUCGAGAAAGAAUCGACGAAUACAAUUUGAAGCUCAUUGCUCGCGAUUCUGGCUUCCCAGCGAGAGAGACGGUCAAGAACGUCAAAAUCUUGAUCACGGACAUCAACGACAAUGCUCCAUUUUUCCGCCACGGGCAGUACAAUCUUCAAAUUGAUGAAAACAAUUCGCCGGGAGUCACCGUCGCGCAGAUUUUAGCAGAGGAUCUUGAUGAGGGUCCCAACGCUGAAAUUUCCUACAGUAUCAACGAUCCUUUGGGAAUCUUUGACAUCGACAGUGAAAGUGGAAACAUUAUUGUACUAGAAUCAAUCAACGCAGAAAGAUUCAACGAGUCAGAUUCUGAUUUCCUCAGCUUCGAAAUAAUUGCGUCUGACCAUGGUCGACCCAGCCUAUCCGGAUCUACGCAAGUGAAAAUAUUCAUCAAUGAUGUUAACGAGUUCGCACCAAUGUUUUCAUCUCGAAAUUCUAAUUUCUCGAUCGCAAAGAACGCCAAAAUAGCCACUUCGAUCGGAUACGUCGAGGCAAUAGAUGCAGAUAAAAGUUCAAAAAUGAUCUUUACCAUUUCUCCUGCAAGAGCCGACCUGCCAUUUUCAAUCAACGACCGUACUGGUGAAAUCUCCCUAUCAAAGUCCCUCUGGAAUCUUUCGGACGUCCCCGUUUACUAUCAAUUCCAAGUGGUUGUGUCCGACAGCGAGGGGUUGAUCAAAGAUGGCGAUGUAGCUGAGGUAGUCGUCUAUGUCUCCGAAAGCUUCAGGAGCUUGGAAAAUAUUGAUGAUGCUUCAAAAGCGGCGGUGGUUCUUGUUGGCAUUUUUGCUGGUGCAGUGAUGAUUUUGAUAACAAUAACGAUUUUUAUUUGCGUCAGAUUCUACAAGACAAGAAACGAAAAACGAGGUCCGACGAUUCCUCCGUCAAACUCCAAAGAUGAGCUGUUUAUUUCACUCCCUACUUGCAAACAUCAUCCCGAUUCUCAACCCUACCCAGAACUCCACACAAACCGCUCAGACAACUCUUACAACUCCAAAGAAAGCUACUCCCGCGACUCUGGCGUGCCCGACUCAAUCAUCAUCGAAAACGAAAAUCAAAACUCAAAUUCUAGAGCUGUUCAUAUUGCCCAAACUCUUUCACUAGAAAGGAAGAAUAAUAGUUUUCCUAAAUGUUGCGACGCCGGCAAGAAAAAUCAAUCAGCAGAUAAGCCUCGUCAUUUUUCACUGGUGUUGGACCAUUACGAAGAAGCAAAAACGGAUGUGGAAAAAUUUACUGAAGAAAUUAAGAUAGCAACUGCGAAUCUACAGCGCGCAACUGAAGUUCGUGACAGUAUGAAAGACUCGCUCACAUCUGCACUUGCCGAAAUUUCAGAUGAUCUCGGAAUAACUGGUAUUCAACAUUGA